GCGAGAGGGGAAAAUGGAGCUGCUGGUCCCGUCAGCGCAGCUCCGGGGCAAGCACAGUUAUUCCCCCAGAACCCCCCCCCGCCCUGGGGCACAGGUCCUGACGGGGCAGGCGGUAGUUCGCCUGCGCGCUUCGGGCCACUGGUCCGUAGGCGCCUGGGCGAGCGGCGGGGGCAUGGCCUCGAUCACGUGACUCUGGAUGGCACUGGCGUCGCGGUUGGCGGGCGCCCCCAUCACAUGAUGCGGAUGCGCCGCCGGAGCUGGUGACUUUGACCAGGGAACACCAUGGCCCACACUACCAUUUCUGCUGCUUUUGCUAUUCCUCAGUUACUGAGAGGUACUGCUCGAAUUUUCCCCACUCUUUCUGCAUUGUUACGGUUGAAGUACUCUGCUUUGUGUUACUGCACAAUGAAUGGCACAAUGAAAUCCAAAAGGAAAACGGAUCAUCUGGAGAGAACGGCAAAUAACUUUCGACAGGAGGUUAUAUCUCCAGCAAAAGUGUGUGGUAUCACCAAUGAAUCUGAAACAGUUAAAAGACUUCGCUUGGCUGUCACAAAUAAGGAUUUUACUUUUAAAGCAGGACAGUGGGUAGAUUUCUUUAUCCCUGAAGUUGCCGUAGUUGGUGGAUUCUCAAUAUGUUCCAGCCCUGGUCUACUGGAACAAGAGAGAGUAUUGGAACUGGCAGUAAAACAUACUGUACAUCCUCCUGCUCACUGGAUUCACACUCAGUGCUCCCUUGACUCAGAAGUGGCUCUGCGAGUGGGAGGCAAUUUUUUCUUUGAUCCUCAACCUGCUGACUCCUCUGUAAACCUUGUGCUGAUAGCAGGGGGAGUAGGAAUCAACCCAUUGUUUUCCAUACUGCUACAUGUAGCAGAUUUUCAUAGAAAUCAAGAGAGUGAAGAAAAUGGGUAUAAAAUGGGAACAGUGAAGCUGUACUAUAGUGCAAAAAACACAAAUGAACUCUUAUUUAAGAAUAAUAUCUUUGGUUUGAUGAACGAAUUUCCUGGAAAGAUCACAUGCAGUUUCCACGUUACCCAACAGAGUUCACAAAUCUGUGAAGAACUUCAGCCAUAUAUAACUGAGGGAAGAAUAUCUGAAAAGGAACUAGAAAAAAAUGUGUCCAAGGAUACUUUAUGGUACAUCUGUGGUCCACCUCCAAUGAUAGAAUCUAUAUCCAAACUACUAGAAAACUUUGGUGUUCCUACAGACUGCAUUUACUUUGAAAAGUGGUGGUAGCAACAGCUACUUAGCAGAAAAUAAAAACUGAAAACCAAUCUAUGUAUUUUGAUAGAUAAAAAGUGCCUGAAAUGCACAGAAGAUGGACUCUACUAUGACCUCACUGACUGCAAGACUUCACUCUAGGCACAUGAAAUCUUCUUGUAUCUAGUAACAAUUCUUAAAUUAUCCUAUAAUGCACUCUGAUUUGGGUCAUUGUUUUAUUGCUUUUGAAAAAAAAAAGCAUAAUGUAUUUUAUAUUAAAGACAUGAGCCAUUUGAUUUUUGUAUUUCA